AUGGUUAAGGGCAAAAUUAAUCUGAAUGUGGAUAAGCUCAAAAAAGAAAUUGAGGAGCGGAAGCGUAAUAAAUUCCAGAGAGAUCGAACGGAUUACGAGAUGGGAAAUGUAUACCGGUGGCAUAAUCGUGACAGAGUGAAAAACUAUCCCUUUAAGAAGAAAGAGGUCACAACAAGGAAAAAGGCACGUAAAAUGAAACACCGUGUGGGUGGUGACUCAUCUAAUACCGAGAUGGAAAAUUCCCAAGAUAGCUCUCUUUCUUUUUUAGAAAGAACCCCUACCUCCUCACGAAUAACUUCAAGCGAAGAAGGAUGCGACGAGGUGGGGGCAGUCACAAGAAAUCGCACGCUGCCAGCCAUCUGGGACCACAAAAAAAUGGGUCCGAAGAGAAAGAAACUACAGUAA